AGGAGCCUGUCUGUCCUCUCAAGUCCUCCUAAGCUUCCGGUCUGGAAGAUAGUCGCUGCCUGCCUGUGCGCCGAACCAGCAGGUUAUCUAAGGUCCGAAUCCACUGCGCCGAUAUUUGGGGAGGGAUCCGUCGAAUCUCGCGUGUUUUUGCGAGACCAGAUCUCGUUCUAGAGGGCCGCUGUGGGGACCUUUACUCAACUCGACUGAGGUCACCGUGACCUCGCACAGAAAUCGCUCGACCGAAAGGCGAUCCACUUCGGUCGCAACUGAUUAACCAGCGAAUCUCCAAGUGGAUUCGAUCUCCUAUUAACGUCCGCCUCCGCCGACGCCAGUUACCCUCCUUCAGCCCUAUCUGAUCUCUUUGUAGUGCUUACCCGCAGUUACCAGCGCUUACCAGCAGCUACUAGCGCCACCAGCAGUUACCAGCGCUUACCAGCACCAGUUACCAGCACUUACUACCAGCAGCCGCUAAGGACACGCUUUUCUUACCAGCAGCCACUAAAGACACGCUUUCUGUACCAGCGCUUACCUCCAGAAGCCAUGGAUCGGUGCAUGAACAGAGUCAUCGCUGGUGUCGCCGUCGGCGGCGCCGUUGGCGGAGCGAUCGGAGCCAUGUAUGGGACAUAUGAAGCUUUCAGAUACAAGGUUCCAGGCCUGCUCAAGGUUCGGUAUAUAGGCCAGACCACAUUGGGAAGUGCAGCUGUAUUCGGCUUGUUUCUAGGCGCAGGAAGCCUGAUCCACUGCGGCAAAUCAUACUAAAACAGUUGGCUAAGGCAGAGCCCUGUAUGUGCCACGUCUCUUCAUAUGAUAUUGCUGUUGUAACAUGGUCCCUGGUUUUGAAGAGUUUGUCUUUCCUAAGUACUGGUAUAACUGCCCAGCCGAUGGUAUACACCGAAGAUCCC